AUGAAAGUUCUUAUUUUAUUUGCAGCAUUUAUCUUUAUAAAUUCUAUAACUCUAUCGAACAGUUCAUCGUAUUGUCAAUGUCAAUGUUGUCUACACGAACCAUUAAAUAACGAUUGUCAAGAGAAUAUGGUUGGUAAUGUACCUAUUGAUAUUUGUACUACAGAUUCAACAAAUAUCUGUAUAGACAAAUGUAAAGAACAAUAUCCAACAACAUGUGGUCAAAACAAUAGUAUUCCUGAAGCUAUUUGUAUGUCUGAUUCUACCACUACUAAUAUUCCAGCAGUGGCAAGUACUACAAAUGGUAUAAGGCAAUGUGACUGUUUAUGUUGUCCUAAAGCUCCAUGUGACACAGUUUAUCAAGGCAAUGUUAUUGUUAAUGAACAUGAGCAAGGGAUCGGUUGUUACUCGCUGUGA